CUUAGCAUUCUGUGGUAUUCUGCAAAUAGGAACACAGCUGAUAUAGAGAGAAAAACUAUUAGGAGCAUCCGAAAUUUUUGAUACUUAUUUUAGCAAAAGCAGCUUCUAAAUCUAUGUUCAACCCACUGAGUUUUGAAAAAUAGUUGCUUAAAAAUGAAAAUUCGUUAUAAUACAUUCGACAUAGUAUGUGUCGUAACGGAAUUGCAAAAACUUGUUGGAAUGCGAGUAAAUAACGUUUACGACAUAGACAACAAAACCUAUUUAAUCAGAUUGCAGCGCAAUGAAGAGAAAAGCGUUCUACUUUUUGAAUCUGGAAAUCGAAUUCAUUUAACCAAUUUUGAGUGGCCGAAAAAUGUUGCUCCAUCUGGUUUUAGUAUGAAAUUGCGUAAACAUUUAAAAAAUAAACGACUAGAAAAGCUGUCUCAAAUUGGAACUGACAGAAUAAUUGAUAUGCAAUUUGGUUCGGGAGAAGCUGGAUAUCAUGUGAUACUAGAACUUUAUGAUAGAGGAAACAUAGUACUUGCAGAUUAUGAAAUGAUAAUAUUAAAUGUUUUACGGCCGCAUACGGAAGGAGAUAAAGUUAGGUUUGCCGUUAGAGAAAAAUAUCCAGAGAAUAGAGCUAGAGAAACUGCAGGAUUAACCCAAGAAGUAAUAAUAAGUAUACUAGAAAAAGGCAAAAUAGGAGAUCAGGUUAAAAAAGUACUCAUUUCAAAUUUAGAUUAUGGACCAGCUCUAAUUGAACAUGUAUUGUUAAAACAAGGAAUUACAAAUGCCACUAAAAUAGGAAAAAAUUUUAACUUGAAUACAGAUUCUCAUAAAAUUUUCAUUGCCAUUUGUGAAGCAGAUAGUAUCUUCCAGAAAGCAAAAAAUGAAUGCUUUAAGGGAUUCAUUAUUCAAAAGAAAGAGGAACGUGCUAUUACUGAGACAAACAAGGACUCUGAGUUUUAUUCUAACCAGGAAUUCCAUCCCAUGUUAUUUGAACAACAUUCUGCAAUGCCUUAUAAAGAGUUUGGUACAUUUAAUUUGGCAGUUGAUGAAUUCUUUUCCUCUUUGGAGAGUCAAAAAUUAGAACUAAAAGCUGUGCAGCAAGAAAGGGAAGCUUUAAAAAAAUUAGAAAAUGUUAAAAAGGAUCACACCCAAAGAUUAGUGGCGCUAGAAAAAGUUCAGGAAGUUGACAAACAAAAAGCAGAAUUGAUCACCAGAAAUCAAGAAUUAGUGGACAAAGCAAUUUUAUCUGUACAAAUGCUUCUAGCAAAUCAGUUAUCUUGGGAAGAUAUAGAAGAUGUGGUAAAGGAUGCAUCAGCAAAGGGGGAUCCAAUAGCUGGAAGCAUUAGAAAUUUAAAAUUAGAAAUGAAUCACAUUAGUUUAUUCCUGGAUGAUCCCUAUGCCGAGUUUCCCAGUAGUGAUGUUUCAGACAGUGAAGCUAAUGAUAAUAUUCCGUCAAUGUUAGUUGAUGUUGAUUUGGCCCUGACAGCAUUUGCAAACGCACGAAGGUAUUAUGAUCAAAAACGUACUGCAGCCAAAAAGCAACAGAAAACUAUUGAAUCGCAAACAAAAGCUUUGAAGUCUGCAGAAAGGAAGACUCAACAAACACUGAAAGAUAUGCAGACAAUUACUAAUAUAAAUAAGGCAAGGAAAGUGUAUUGGUUUGAGAAAUUUUUUUGGUUCAUAAGUUCAGAGAAUUAUUUAGUGAUUGCGGGACGUGAUCAACAACAAAAUGAGUUGAUUGUUAAACGUUAUUUAAAAGCAACUGAUGUCUAUGUUCAUGCCGAUAUUCACGGAGCAAGUAGUGUCCUAAUUAAAAAUCCUAGUGGUCAACCAGUACCUCCCAAAACUCUAAAUGAUGCCGGUACUAUGGCUAUAUGUUACAGUGUCGCUUGGGAAGCAAAGGUUAUCACUAAUGCCUAUUGGGUAUGGGGCGAUCAAGUUAGUAAAACGGCGCCAACUGGAGAAUAUCUAUCCACAGGUAGUUUCAUGGUAAGGGGAAAAAAGAAUUUCUUACCGCCAUCUCAUUUGAUCCUUGGAUUUAGUUUUCUCUUUAAAUUGGAAGAUGGUUGCAUUGAAAAACAUGCAGGUGAAAGAAAAGUGUUGACUCAAGUUGAGGAAGAUGCGCUGAACCAAGUUGCAGAUGAGGUCAGUAAAGAAGAAGUUGAACUUGAUGUUUUGGACGAGAGUGACGAGGAUGAGUUGAAAAAAGAAAAAGAGAAUAUGUUUAACGCACAAACUGACUUAGAAGUGACAGUUGCUGUUGCUGAUAUAUCAGAAGUAAAAAGUGAAAGCUCUUCAGAUAGUGAAGAAAAGUCGAAUUUUCCUGAUACUCAAAUUAAAAUUCAACAUUUUGAGGGAACUAAACGAAAUAUUUUAAUAGAACCAACAAUAAGAGAGGAGCCUAAAAAUGAACCGGGCAUUUUUUAUCUUGGUGAUAAUAAACCAGUUAUUUUGAAACAAAAUAAUUCUCGGAGCAGAACCAGCAGUCAUUCAAGUAGUAAGACAGAAAAGGACCAACCAAAAAGAGAGGCGGAACAGUCAAACAGACAACAACAGUCUAAACGCGGUCAAAGAAGCAAACUCAAAAAGAUCAAAGAAAAAUACAAAGAUCAAGAUGAGGAAGAGAGAGAGUUAAGGAUGAAUAUUUUGCAGUCCUCUGGUACAGGAAAAGAGACCAAGAAAUCGAAAAAAGGCAAAGAAACACAUACAAAACCGGCGAAGAAACCGCAACCAGCUCCUCGUUUGGCAGAACCAAAAGAAUCUAAUGAUGUAAAUGACGAUGAUGAACCCACGGUCCAAGCUGAGGUGGAUAUGAUAGAUUCAUUGACAGGAAUUCCAUUCGCGGAUGACGAACUGUUAUUUGCUGUGCCUGUGGUCGCGCCAUAUAAUACGCUUUCUAAUUAUAAAUUCAAAGUGAAGUUAACACCAGGGACUGCCAGAAGAGGCAAGGCCGCUCGUACAGCGUUGACGAUGUUUUUGAAAGAUCGCGGUAUUACACAAAGGGAAAAGGAUCUCUUAAAAGCGGUCAAGGACGAGCAGUUGGCUCGGAAUCUUCCCGGUAAAGUUAAACUAUCCGCCCCAAAAAUGCAAGCCCUCAGGAGAUAUUAUUUAAAAGCAACUGAUGUCUAUGUUCAUGCCGAUAUUCACGGAGCAAGUAGUGUCCUAAUUAAAAAUCCUAGUGGUCAACCAGUACCUCCCAAAACUCUAAAUGAUGCCGGUACUAUGGCUAUAUGUUACAGUGUCGCUUGGGAAGCAAAGGUUAUCACUAAUGCCUAUUGGGUAUGGGGCGAUCAAGUUAGUAAAACGGCGCCAACUGGAGAAUAUCUAUCCACAGGUAGUUUCAUGGUAAGGGGAAAAAAGAAUUUCUUACCGCCAUCUCAUUUGAUCCUUGGAUUUAGUUUUCUCUUUAAAUUGGAAGAUGGUUGCAUUGAAAAACAUGCAGGUGAAAGAAAAGUGUUGACUCAAGUUGAGGAAGAUGCGCUGAACCAAGUUGCAGAUGAGGUCAGUAAAGAAGAAGUUGAACUUGAUGUUUUGGACGAGAGUGACGAGGAUGAGUUGAAAAAAGAAAAAGAGAAUAUGUUUAACGCACAAACUGACUUAGAAGUGACAGUUGCUGUUGCUGAUAUAUCAGAAGUAAAAAGUGAAAGCUCUUCAGAUAGUGAAGAAAAGUCGAAUUUUCCUGAUACUCAAAUUAAAAUUCAACAUUUUGAGGGAACUAAACGAAAUAUUUUAAUAGAACCAACAAUAAGAGAGGAGCCUAAAAAUGAACCGGGCAUUUUUUAUCUUGGUGAUAAUAAACCAGUUAUUUUGAAACAAAAUAAUUCUCGGAGCAGAACCAGCAGUCAUUCAAGUAGUAAGACAGAAAAGGACCAACCAAAAAGAGAGGCGGAACAGUCAAACAGACAACAACAGUCUAAACGCGGUCAAAGAAGCAAACUCAAAAAGAUCAAAGAAAAAUACAAAGAUCAAGAUGAGGAAGAGAGAGAGUUAAGGAUGAAUAUUUUGCAGUCCUCUGGUACAGGAAAAGAGACCAAGAAAUCGAAAAAAGGCAAAGAAACACAUACAAAACCGGCGAAGAAACCGCAACCAGCUCCUCGUUUGGCAGAACCAAAAGAAUCUAAUGAUGUAAAUGACGAUGAUGAACCCACGGUCCAAGCUGAGGUGGAUAUGAUAGAUUCAUUGACAGGAAUUCCAUUCGCGGAUGACGAACUGUUAUUUGCUGUGCCUGUGGUCGCGCCAUAUAAUACGCUUUCUAAUUAUAAAUUCAAAGUGAAGUUAACACCAGGGACUGCCAGAAGAGGCAAGGCCGCUCGUACAGCGUUGACGAUGUUUUUGAAAGAUCGCGGUAUUACACAAAGGGAAAAGGAUCUCUUAAAAGCGGUCAAGGACGAGCAGUUGGCUCGGAAUCUUCCCGGUAAAGUUAAACUAUCCGCCCCAAAAAUGCAAGCCCUCAGGAGAUAAUAGGUGAAAUUAUUUUCCUAAAUGGUUAUUGUGAUUGAUUUUGUAUUGCGGUUUUUAAAAUAAAUGUUAUUGUUCUUGAAA